AUGGACCAAAAGUCAUCUCUCACAGAUCCAACCCUUAAAAUUUACCCAUCAGAGAAGCUUGUUAAGUUCCUCCAAACAAUAAAAAGCAAUUAUGAAAUACCUGAAAACAUUUUGCAAUUCAUUAAGUCACACCCCAAUAAAGGGAAUGACAAAAUAAAACUGAAAAAUGUAGAACAGGCAUAUCACUUAUCUGACUCUGAUGUAUCAAAGUUAGAGAAAAUUAAAGCAGAGGUUAAAAAAUUAGACCUUAAAGUACCUGAAAAGACGGUAAUUGGUGAUUCACAUGAUGAUAAUGACCAAAAUGUUGACAAUAUGCCUAAAAAAGUGCUCAAAGAAAAUGGUAGUGGAGACAAAAAGAGGCAAUUAGAAUCAGAUGAUACAGAAAUGGAAAAAGUUUUACAGGAUGGUGAUAAAGCAAGAGAUGGUCCAUUUUUAAAGACUUCGGACUUAGACUGGCUGUAUGUUUAUCUUAACACCAUUAGAAACACUGAAACAGAUACCCCAUACUUACAUGAGCUAAUGGAAGGGGUUCACAUUGAAAUGCCAGAAAACAGUGUUAUUAAAAGGAACCCUGUGUUGGAAGAGAGAUGUGUAAAACUAAGAGCUCAACAAGAGGCUAGAGACUACAGGAAAAUGACAAAAGGUGUUGAUAAUGUGAGGAUCAGGUUCCCUGAUGACACCAUUGCUUUCCAAUUGAAACAGUUAAACAGACAGCUAAUUGCUAUUGGCCAGUUCAUCAUUUCAAUAUUUGCUGGAUUCCUCUUUGGCUUCCGAGGAGUUGAAUGGAUGGUUGGCAACCUCGACUUUGGAUUCCGGCUGCUCCUUGGAGUAAUGUGUGCUCUUGUGAUUGCUCUCGCUGAAAUAUACUUCCUGGCCAAGAAACUUAAUGAAGAGCUAAGUGUUCCUGAGACAACACAGAUAGGAGGACCUCCUAAGUUUGUUGACCAAGAAAAGUAUGGAACCCAAAAGAAAGUUGUUAUUAAUAAGAGUGUUAAUAAUAAGGAACAUCAAGAUUAAUAUAAUAUUCCUAUUUCUACAUAAUUUCUUUAUGUAUGCUAUUUUAUGUUAUUAUAGUUAACUGUUUAAAUUA